AUUCUUAUUUUUGGACAAAUCGACUGUGUAACUUUUUGAACGUAUUAUAUGAAUGCACAUUAACCUUUUUAUUGGACCUCCCAAUAAUAAACAUUGAGUGCAUAUCAGUUAUAAUAAAAUAGUCGAGAAUUUCAUUAUAUAAAUGGAUCUAAAUGAUUUAGGAAAACUAAACUAUGAUAACGGAGGAUUAUUUUUAAUAAUCAAACACUUUAUUAAAACUUCGAGUGUGAUUGAAGUUUCACAUUUUUUGUAUUCUACAAUGUUAAGUAUUUAAUAAAGCAUAUUUAAUGCAAAUUGCAAAUUGUUGGAAAAGUGAUGUUUUUCCUUACAGUUAAUGACUUUGAAUGGAACCUUUCAUUCAAUUUAACUAUGCACCAUAUAUCUAAAUAAAUGUAUAAAAAUUGUUCAUUUCAUAACUUCAUAAUUGUUUUAUUUACAAUUACAUUUUAUGAAUGAAGUGAUUAUAUAAUUGGAAGUUAGUUAUUGUUUGCUAUAGUGAAACUUUACAAUUUAUAAAGUAUUAUUGUACAUAUCAUCGAGAAUAAUGGCAAAUACAGAAUCAAUUGAAAAUAUGCCAGCUGUGGAACCAGUAAGAUUGAGUCAUAUUAAACCAUCUUUUAGUACUCAAGAAUCAUCUAUUGCAUCACGUCAAGAUUUGUGGCACAAAUUUAUUCUUUUUGGUGUAGGACAAUACAAAGCAAAAGAAGUAUUACGAGUUGUCAUCAUGGCCUGUGAACCUGAAAUUAUACUACCUGUUAUGUACAAAGAAGAAGAACCGAACAAGAGUACUUUUUUAGCAAAGUGUAACUCCAAUGCUAUUGAAAAUCUUGUGAAGCAAAGCUUAUGUAUAGCUUUGCCAAAUGGACAAGAGUUACGGAUAGAUAUUGUAUUAGGAUACUUAACUUCUCAAGAUCUACAGUUAAAUCCAAAUAGAACAAUAACACAAGCAUUAUAUUAUAGAUACGAGCCAACAAAAAAGGUAUUGAAUCUUGAUGAUUUUGAAAAUGAGAAAUCAUUGGGAUCUAUAUUUUGUCCCAUAUCUCUGCCUAAAAUACUGCACUUUGUUCUACGGUGUACCAAAAUGGGAAUUUUAAGUAAUAAUCGUGAUUCGAAAUUACCUGUUCGAGAACUGAGUUUAAGAUACAAUAAAAUCACAGCCAUUCUUCUUUUUGAGAAAUUUUUUAAUUAUCACUUAACAAAAUUAGAUUUACGACACAAUCAAAUUGCAGAUGUGGAAUAUUUGCGAUAUUUUAGUGAAUUUAAAAUAAGUGAACUCUGGCUGGAUGGAAAUCCACUGUGUACAAAGUACAACAAGUGUCAAGAUUAUGUACAAGCAGUAAAAAAUGUUUUUCCUCAUUUGCAAAAAUUAGAUGGAAUUGUAAUAGGCAUGGAACAAAAGUUUGUUCCCAAUAUUCAGAGCAAUUUUCUAAGAGAUGGUACAAAAACUUGUCUCAUCAAACAAUUUGUGAAGCAUUAUUUCACUUUAUUUGAUCAAGAUGAUAGACAAGUAAUGAAUGGCUUAUAUGAUAGAGAUGCUCUGUACUCUAUGACACUAGGACCAGUAUCAAAUUAUGUUCAUAAACAGUUAACUAAAACAUUUGUUACAAAUAGAAAUCUACUGAAAUUUGUUGAUUAUGCCAAAUGUCAAGACUUUUUAUUGCGUGGUCCAGAGAAAAUUAUAUCUGCAUUCAGAAGUCAACCACCCACUAUACAUCACUUUAAGUCAUUUCAAGUAGAUUUAUUACAUGAAGGAGAAAUUCAUCUUGCAAUUGCUGUGCAAGGAUAUUUUUCAUUCAGAGAAGUUUCGUGUCCACCAAUGUUUUUCAACAGAACUUUUAUUAUUAUGAAAAAAGAAGACAAUGAAUAUUGUAUUACUAAUGAUCAGUGUUAUCUUGAUGGAACACCUGCUAAUAAUAAUUCAUCAAGUGCACACAACACCGAAAUAAAAUUUGAAGCAAAAAGUGCACCAAAAUUUAUUCCGACUGUCUUUAGUGUUUCUGAAAAAGAUCAACUACUUACAUUUUUACACGAAUUAACUACAAUGAACAUGAAAUAUUGUCACCAAUAUCUGGAAGAUGCUAAUUGGGAUAUAAGGACUGCUAUUACAACAUUCAUGAGCAUGUAUACAGUUAACAACGUUCCACCAGCAGCUUUUUUAUGACUUAGAUGUACUUUAGUCUAUUAUAUAUACUUGUAAUACUAUUUAUAAAACAAUAAGAACAUUUUGUAACCUUGGGUACAAAUUUAUGCAAAUAAUAUUAAAUUACUGUGAUUCUGUUGACAC